AACAUUUAAUGUCGUGGCGAAUAAUGAAUGACAAGCUCAUUUAAAUAUGUAUUGUUAACGUGGAAAGGACAAACUGCAUCUUUUGACAACAGUUAAUACCAUGGUUAAGACGAUACCAUUAUUUAUUGGAGCGGGAACAUUGACGCUAGCCAUUAUAGUAUUAUACAACGUAUCACAACCUGAUAAUCACAUUAUAAAAUUUUUUCGACGUAAUCGAACAAAUGAUGAAAAGAAUUCCGUCUCAUUAAAUAUACCAGUAAAAAUAUCAGCACAGGAAUUCCACCUAGAAAAAUUACCACCGGAAUCACCGGCUAGAAAAAUGUUUGAAAAAGAACUUUCCAGAAUAAGUUACAAUUUAAAAUCCGGUCAAAUUGCUGAUUAUGGACCAGGAUCUUCUGUUGUGUAUUUCGAUGGAGAUGUUGAGAAAACUGUACAGCCUAAUUCAAUGCUUUCUGAAGCUGUGAUAAUUCCUGAACAACAACAACAAACAGAUCUCAAUUUACACAAUCUACUUACUAAUGAAAAUGGAAAGCUAUCGAAUAUUCCUUCUCAGCUUAAUUCAGAAACUCAUAAAGGAAUACAGAAUGUCCCUAUUAACUCAAAUAACCCAAAUGUAAUUCAAAACACACAGCUUCUAAAUGUCCCUACUAAUCAAAAUUCUCAAAAUGACCAUUUACAAAAUGUUCCUGUCGUGCGAAGUGACCCAAAUGCACAAAUGCCAAAUGCACAAAUGCACCAAAUGCAAAAUGUACAAAUGCCAAAUGCACAAAUGUUAAAUUCACAAAUGCCAAAUGUUCAUAAUCCGCAAGAUUGGAAAAUCAUAAACCAAAGUGCACAACUAUCAGCAAAUGAAAUAGAAGCACACGACAAUCAAUUAGAAAAUCAACCUGGUCUGCAGAAUCAGCAAAACUCAAUGGCGAAAAUAAACUAUAAUUCUGGUGGUGUUUGGCAGCCAGUAGAACAGAGCCAUCAUUUGUCGGGUAUUGUUCAAAGUGUUCAGAAAGACCCAAAGGCGGGAGCAACUUAUUGAUGAUUUGGACUGUGUGAAGAUGUCGCCAUGCUUUUAUCUUUUCUAAUUAAAUUAGAAGCUAUUGUUUUUUUAAAGUAUUACAGUAUAUGUAUUUUAAAGUUUAUUACCUUUAUGAGCUUUACAUGAUUAUUUUCAGUAUUAUUAGAAGGAAACCUUUUUUCGAUACUUUUAGUUUGUGUAUAAGAAAUUAAUGUAAUAAACAGUUUUUUCAGGUC